GUGGCUGGCAUCUAUGGUUACGACGAGCAGCCGGCAUUACGUCGUUUCACUCGCUACAGCCAUUCGAUGAUGGAAACACCGACAUUGACGCCGGCGCCAGCAUCACAACCGCCGCCGUCGUCGACGUCGACGGCGUUUUCGAAAAGCGGAAAUUGGACGUUUCGUGAUCGAAAGCAAAUGCGACCAGGUGUAAUGUCGCCUGAGGGAAUGAAAAGCUUUAUUAUUUCACUUAAACAUUCGUUUUUUAGUAACCAGUUACGAAAAAGCUGUCCAGAUCUUGAAACAGCGACCGCUUUGCCGACGCCGUCGGACAACCGAGGUCAACGACGGCGUAACCGACGAGCUAAGGAGAAGAUGAAGGAGGCGUGUUGGAGAAGGAAACCGGUUGAGGAUUGGAAUCUUGACGAUGUGCUGCUUUGGCUUCAAGCAUGUAAUCUGGACGACGUGGCUUCGUUACUCAUUGGCUACGAUCUCAGAGGGACGGACCUCCUGUCAUGGGAUCAUCAUUGUCUCUCUCAACUCGGUGUGACGAGUGCGUCGAUUCGUGAGAAAAUUCUCAGCGAGUUAGCGACAAUUCGCGAACGAGGUCCAGAAGACGUGAAAGAGAUUGAAAAGAAGACAGGACAUCGAGCAUUGUUCGACAUAGUCAGACAAAGCUCCUAUGAUCAGGUAUUAGCCGUGGAAACACCGUUAACCAAUCGUGACAUUGUCGUCACCCACGGGCAACUCGGUUGUCUUCAGAUAACGAAAGUGAACGGAGUGAAUCUUCCGCUGAGAGAAAAUGACUGUCUUCUUGAGAUCAAUGACUGUCCUGGUGAACAGUUCAAAUCAGCGUUGAUGUUGACGAAAUUGAUCAGUGAUGCGAAUGGUGCUCCGAUUCGUUUCGUUGUACUUCGUAUGAAAACCAUCGAUCGAACGAAACAUCAAGCAGCGGAGUGUCGUCAUCGCCGCGAAGUCCAAGCGAUUGAGGGAGGUCUUCUCCGUCGGCGAGAAGUGUGGUCCUGA